GAACAUGUUUCCAGCCAAUCUUGUUGAGGCCACAUUCAAGCAGUAUCGCACGAGGAGUAUUCCCAUCAUUAAAUCUAACAAAGCAUCAUCUGAAAGCACCACUCGUCGCAUUAUAAUAUAUGGAGUCCAGGAUGAGAAUGGAUCCAAUGUCCAGAAUUUUGCCUUGGAUAUCACUCCUCCCCCUGAAGUGAUUUACAAAUCAGAACCAGGCGCUAGUGACGGCAUGAAUGUGCUAGGGAUUGUGAUAUUCUCUGCCACAAUGGGUAUAAUGUUGGGAAGAAUGGGGAACAGUGGCGUUCCUUUGGUCAGCUUUUGCCAGUGUUUAAAUGAAUCUGUCAUGAAGAUAGUGGCAGUUGCUGUUUGGUAUUUUCCAUUCGGAAUUGUCUUCCUAAUUGCUGGUAAAAUCUUAGAAAUGGAUGACCCUUCAGCCAUUGGGAAGAAACUGGGUUUCUAUGCCAUUACGGUGGUUUGCGGCCUUGUGGUGCAUGGGCUGUUUAUUCUGCCAAUGAUGUACUUCUUUAUCACCAAGAAGAAUCCCAUUGUCUUCAUCAGAGGGAUUCUUCAAGCCUUGCUCAUUGCUCUAGCCACGUCCUCCAGCUCAGCCACACUGCCUAUCACUUUCAAGUGCUUGUUGGAGAAUAACCAUGUGGACAGGAGGAUUGCAAGGUUUGUGCUGCCUGUGGGAGCCACCAUCAACAUGGAUGGGACGGCGCUCUAUGAGGCGGUGGCGGCCAUCUUUAUUGCACAAGUAAACAACUAUGAGCUGGACUUUGGGCAGAUUAUUACUAUAAGUAUCACAGCAACAGCUGCCAGCAUAGGUGCUGCAGGUAUCCCGCAAGCUGGCCUGGUGACAAUGGUCAUUGUUCUGACCUCGGUUGGGCUCCCAACAGAUGACAUCACGUUGAUUAUUGCUGUUGACUGGGCACUAGACAGGUUUAGAACAAUGAUCAACGUCCUAGGAGAUGCGCUGGCUGCUGGGAUCAUGGCCCACAUCUGCCGGAAGGAGUUUGUCAAGGACGGAGACGAGGUGCCAUUGAUCUGUGAAACUAAGCCUAUUAACGUCCAUCAGAUUGUGGCUUACCAGAGAAAUGGCUGUGUGAAGACCAUGAAUGAAUCUCGUGGACCAGAAACAGUGAAAGGGUUUCAGCACCACAUACCUGUACAACUGGAGCAAGAAGAAAGUCCAGUGGAGAAUCACACUAAGAAAUCCAACAGUAAAGACCACUGCACUAUUGAAAUAAAUGAACUAGAAACAAAUGUGUGA